AUGAGCUCUGGCAGCUCGCGCGACCAAAAAGCCUUCAUCACCACAGAGGAGUUUGCUUGCGCUAUCGAUGAGCUCAAGUGCUACGCCAAGCUGGAGGCCGCCGGUAUUGACCGUGCCGUGAAGGUGACGGCAACCAAUAUGAUGUGGACGCGCCACAUUCUGAAUUAUGGCCCGCUCGCUAUAGAGUUCAAGAAAAAUGUUUUCAGGCAAUGCGCAACUACUGGAAAAGUCAGCACAUACAACGACGAUCUCUCUAACCGACCCAUACCCUCACCCACUGAUAUUCAGAAAGUUAGCAAUUCUAGAACCCCGAUGACGUUACCCGAGGAUUCCCUGGAGCUUGAAAACUUUGGCAAGGUCAACCAGCGCAUGGCCAGAUCUAUUGACCAUGGCCUCAGGGCGUUUAUCCCCUUUGACUUGGGCCAUCUACAAUCUGUCAACAGCAACACCCACCGCUGGCUGCCCGCUGACAUUUACGUCAACCCUGAUGGCACCGUCAAAAUCAGAUCGUACAUCAACAACCUCCACCCUCAAGUGCUCAUUAACUUAAAGCACCCGCGGGACCUACAUGGCUGUAUCAAUCUUGAGGACUACGUUUGUCUGUACAAGGAGGGCUGCACUGGACAAAUCUGCCAACCCAAAUAUGACAAUGAUGGAUACGAGAGCCAGUAUGCCUCUGAGAAGGAUUCUGACUGGGACAAUGGCGGUAAAGCCGUGGAUUUCGCUGACAAUGACGGUGGUAAGGGGAAGCCCCGGCGGAUCCUCAUGUACCAUGAUAAGUAUUACACUGAGGAGAACCUCAGCGAUUCCGAAUUUUGUUGGAAUAGAGACUAUAGGGGCACCUUUUGUUAUGAUUCUGACAACUCUGAAGACUCGUACAUAUCUGAGGCUGAAUAUGACGAGUGGCACCACUAUCCCAAGAUUCAAAGCUCAACCUGCAGCUGUUUUAGUGGUGAGAUGUUUGACAUAUACCUAAUGGAAGAAGUCCCUGAAUAUGACGACUGCGACUGGCAUCUUGAUGGCGGAAAUUCUGACCAGACUGUUGCCACUGCUAGCUACUGUUAUGAAACAAAGGCCAUCAAACAUGUGGAAAUGGAGUUCUGCGAGACAAUCCAGCGCAAGGAUUGCCCCAUGGACUCAACGCGCAGGGCCAUAAACUUUUAG